GUCAUACAGCGAACUGAGCAGCGCUGCCUGCACGACCCGCUUUAUAAAGAGCUAAAUUUACCAAACUUUACGUUGUUUCCUGAGCUCUCACAAUUGGCCGAGCUGACGGGGCUUACACGGUUAUAAGGUUUGGAGGACCUCCUACCACUUUGAUACUUGUUCAUGUCUCCUGAGCGCAGCUGUGGAGAGGAGAGACAGUGAGAAAGGCGCACAGAUUCGCGCGGCUGCCGCUCAACAAAACGCGACUUUGACGAGAUAUUUAGUUGAUAUAAUUUCACCAAAAACGAUGGCCACAUCUGGAUUGAUGCUGCCAUCUUUUUCCACUUUCUCAAACCAAAGAGAAAAACCCUGGGAAAACGUAAGUUUAUGAUCUAUUUGUAUUUUCUUUAGAAGUUGGAGCUGAAUUUGACAUGCAUCACUUCGAUCACCUGCUUUGAUUGGAGUGACUGUUCAGUAACUUUAAAACUUUAAGAAAACAAGAAAACCAAACAAACUAUUAAAGAGAGAUAAACUUCGAGUGUUGUCUGCCUCUUUUCCCCACUUUUUAACUUUUAACUCAUGACUUAUAAUCUUUUCUUUCUUACAGAGGUGGAAAGGAGAGACGGACAAACUCCUCAGCAGCUGCUCCAUGCUUGAAAUGGUACAUAACCUGGACAAUCACUGCAAAAAGGACGACGAGGAUCUGAGUAACUAUUUGGAUCUGGAUUUUAUUCUCGCCAACACAACAAGCGUAGACAGCGCGCCGGACUUUGCUGGCACAGUUGAUCCCAACAUGUACACGACGGGACACUCGGUGCCAUCCUACCAAGCAGAGGACCACCGCUCCCCGCCGCCCCCGUACGGCGCCAGCCUGAUGACAGAGCUCCUCCGCUCCGAAGGACCAAACAACUAUGGCAUUACGCGCAACACCGGUGUUCAGGGGAGGUUUUAUCUCAACGCGGUGCCUUUCCCCCGCCAGGAAAUCAAAGUCGAGCCCCCCAUGGACGGUUACGGCCCCGUUAUGGGCAUGGUGCCUCAAAGCUGCAGCAAAAUCAAGCAAGAAGGGAACGUUUCGUGCAUGAUGUCCUUCGAGCAGCCCCGGGUUGCAAUCUCCCCGCGGGCAGCCAGCAACAUGACCCCGCCUCUCAGCCCCGAUGACCAGGGAGUUUCGGACUGCCAGACACAGCUGUGCCAGCCCAUGAACUUCUCCCAGAAGUACCACACACAGUCAGCCUACCCUCACCAUCCCCAGGCUCAGCAGAUGCAGAUGCCCUAUCACGCUCCACACACUGCUUUUGGCAUGUAUGAUGAAGGUCUCAGCAUGCAGCCAGGCGCACAGAGGGUGAUGCUCACACCGCCCUCUUCUCCCCUGGAGCUGCUGGAGUCGAAACCAAAGAGAGGGCGACGCACCUGGCCGCGCAAGCGCACAGCCACACACACCUGCACCUUCGCUGGCUGUGGGAAAACUUACACCAAGAGCUCCCACCUGAAGGCACAUCUUAGAACUCAUACUGGUAAGUCUGAGUCCACAUCACUCAUGAUAUUACAGAUGAUAUCUGUGCGUAAUUACGCACAAGCCUGCUCUGCUUGAAACUAUGUUCCCCCUAAAGCAAAGUCUAAUGGUGUCUCAUUUCUCUGUCCACGCAGGUGAGAAGCCGUAUCACUGCAGCUGGGAAGGCUGUGGAUGGAAAUUCGCCCGAUCUGAUGAAUUAACUCGUCAUUUCCGCAAACACACAGGUCACAGGCCCUUCCAGUGCCACCUGUGCGAGCGCGCCUUCUCCAGGUCUGACCACCUCGCGCUUCACAUGAAGAGACACAUGUGAAGGAGCCCGCAUUAAGACUGAGGGUUCAUGGGGGAUUGUGUUUUUUUUAUUGUGAUUGAACUGAUGUAUUUUUAUUUAAAUUGUUCUCCACCUGACCAAAGUCUUUUUAUAUAAUAUUGAAUUAAAAGUUUUAGUGUUAUUAUUUUCUAAUGAUGUAGCUGGUACUACUCUGGUUGUAUGAAAGCUUUAGAAAAGCUUUGUUUGCUUUAGAGCAAGCAGACCAAGAAGGGGCUGGCCCUGUACAUACUACUCUUCUUUGACAGAACUGGAAUGCUGUGUUUGACACAAAAGUGCCUUUCUAUGACUGUGCUACUGUAAAACUCUUCGUGACUUGGCCACAAAACAGAACAUGUUCUUGUUGACAGGAGUGAGGUGCACAUACAGAUGCCUGACAUGUGCAAAGACAAUGUUUUAUUUAAACUGCCUCAGUGUCUGACUGGCCUGAUUUUCCUGCCACCUCCUUUGUGGAGUUGAAGUUGUCUCCUCUUGUGUGAAACUCUCGGAUCCAGCCCCUCUGUUCACUAUCAGGGCUUGAUGUCCUGUGCAUUAUUUUUCACUUAAAUUUAUAUAAAUAUGUACAUGGAUUUUAUACUGUCAAAUGUAUUUAUUGUAAAUAUUAAAAAACAUUGAAACUCAA